AUGUCGCAGCCGUCGCUCUCAGGUUUCAUCAUCAGGCGACCAUGGCUCCGCCGCUGGUUACAGCCAAUGGCGAACUGGUAUGCCGAUGCCUCUGGAUACAGGAAGCUCGGCCUGAAAGCCGAUGAUCUGAUCCCUGAAGAGUCCGAGACCGUCCUCCUAGCCCUCAAGCGUCUCCCACCGAAGGAGGCAUACGACCGUGUUUUCCGCAUGCGACGGGCGUUCCAGCUCUCGCUAUCACACCAGCUUCUUCCCAAGCACGAGCAGAUGAAGCCGGAGGAGGAUACCCCGUAUCUGACACCGCUCAUUCAAGAGAUCGAGGCAGAAUUGAAGGAGCGCGAGGAUCUGGAGGCAAUGGUGGUGAAGAAGAAGCCGGCGAAGCCGGCAGCCUAG